AUGAACACAUUUCUUAGCUUGCACGGUAUCGGAUAUGAUCCACAGGGUCUCAACUUGGGGGCAAUCAUUGACAAUGGACAACUAGAGACCCUAUGUGACACAAAGCUGGACCAUUCAAUCUCUUCAGUACGAAGGCAAACAGAAAUAGAUUACCCCUGUCGAUUAUUGGACAUUAUCGAAAAACUGGGAGUUAACUGGGUGCCCUUAACUACCGAGUUAGAUGUCGAGCAAGCUAUUAAAGCUGGUGACCUAAUGGGUUACUUAAAAUUCCCAGAAAAUUUUACGGAAAAUAUGAGAAAACGAUUUGUCUGGAGAAUUUACGCUGAUGAAGAAACUUUAAACGGGUCCACUAUUUCCAUCAGAUUAGACAAUUCCGAAUAUAUGAACACGUACUUUAUUACCAAAUCGUUAUAUGAAUCCGUUCAGAAAUUCCUACUAUCAAGCGCAAACGAUUAUGACGUGGACGAACGGACGGUCACACUGCCGUUACAGUUCAGUCCAAUCUAUGGAAGCUUAUUUCACACCUGGAACUCGUUCAUUGUUUCGGCCGAACUUCUUCUAUUGUGGACCUUCUUUUCAACAACGUUUGGUUUCUUUCACGUAAUUGAUCGUUGUGACAACACCUUUGCUCGAACGAUGGCCACGGGUGUGGACUUUGGCCAACUUCAGCUGUCCUACUAUUUUUCGGACAUCCCUUUGUCCUUCUUUCAAGGUGGACUGAUCUUACUAAUUUUCUGGUGGGAUCGAGGCGAACAAGUCCAAGGAAGCUGGAUCUUGAUCGGGGUUAUCUUCUAUCUCGCCAGGAUGGCCAUUCUCUCGCUGUAUUUCGUGGUGGGAACGUUCAAUAUGAAUGUGAAGGACAUGACGCUUUUAACGAUUUCAAUAAUUAUGGUUUACGUAUACGCCUCAGAUACGAUCUGGCCUAUCGAAUCUGUCGUGUGGUGGUACCGACCAUUUUGCCACUGCCUUCCGUUCACCGUGACGAUCCGCGUUCUGCGUAGUGUGAUUACGAGAGGGUGGGGAAUAACGCAUCCCACCGUGUUUUUCGGAGGUAUCUGCGUCCCAAUAAUUAUCACGGGAAUUAGCACCAUGGUGUCGUUUGUGGUGGAAAGGAGAAACAAAAAGUUGUGA